AUGAAACUAUCAGAGUUGGCUGUACAAGCUGUAAUUUGUUUUGAGGGUCUGUUUGAAUAUUUUGAUGAAGAAUUGACACCAAAGAACUCCCGACUUGUACGUACAUUGCAUUCUCAGUCUACAGGUCCUCAUGCUGCUAUGGUUGAGAACAUCAGAAGUGUUCUCAACGCCUUGCUUGGUCACUUAAUAAAUACUAAACUUAAAACAUAUGACUUUGACCACACCUUUAGAGAGAAAGUACAUGAGCUCACAGUGUCGGUAGGCGCCUUAAGCGCUAAAACGUUCGGCGAGGGAAGGAAUCCCGAGCUGCUGAACAUCUUUAAGAGUGGCAUGUCGGCCUCACCACUGAACUCUCCCACGCGUGACUUAGUAACCAAGUCUACUGAACAACCCACCGAACAAGUCCUUUCCACCGAGGGCCGCAACUGCGCCAAGGUCUGCCUGACCAUACUGGAGACGGUGAAUAGUGGGCUGAAAGGGUUGCGGAAGGGAUGUAUUAAGAGUGGUAGCGGUAUGCAAAUCAAUUUAUCGAAUGGCCUAGGAAAAGCCUUCCAACGACUAGGCUACGAUGUUGCCUCUAGUCCAACCACCCAGGACGGUGAGUUACGUAAUAAGAAGGGUUUCACCGGUGAGAACAUUUACAGUGAUCUCCUUGUCUACAAACAUAAUACUGGAAAAGGUGAUAAAACAUAUCAACUCGUCAGCGACGAUGACGACAACAAGGAGAAGAAAGAUAAACAUGGUGUCAUUAGACAGCUCAACACCCAUCUUGGCAGAUAUUACUACGUCUCUCACUACUACAUUCCUCCGAAUCCGAAAUCACCAAGUAACAUCUAUCACUUGUUACAAUGGCUCCUCGGUUUAUACUUUAAUCCGAUUUAUAGUACGCUUGGUGAGUACUUCAAGGAAUUGUUUGAGAAGCCCGAAAAUUAUAAAGAUAAGAAAUAUUCCGAAAUUGAUGAAAGCCAACUUAGCUUACUUGCCACCACAACAAUUAGACCAAAGACAUUAAAAGACACACUCCGAUUGGUGUGUUUAGACUCCGCAGACACUCUGAUCGCCUUUCUAGGCCACGGCCAUCCUGACGGCCGAUAUGCCGUUGACUUUUACACAAACACCGACGGUUUGUCGUACCCUAGCAACGCCGGUCAAUGUUUUGACAUGUUGGUAGAUAUAUUGAAUAGAGUGUUUUAUCAAUUGCGUUUCUUAUGUACCCAGUGUUCCAACAGCCGUAGUCGUGGUGGUUGGCAAGACUGCCACUAUGGCCAGGGAGUUGGCGGUUCAUCAUGGAACUGCAACACCAUGCAGUGCCCCAACCAAAUAGCGAACCAAAACGGAAACCAAAGCUCUGACCAAAACUGCGAGCAACCAUGUAAUCAACAUCCCAAGUGCGGCAUCAAAUCACCACUGCAGUCGUUCCUUGAAGACGGUUUGCAAGGCUUCCUGCCACAUCAGUUCACGAAGCCAGGUUGUAAGCUGGAAUGUACUGUGCCCAAUCAUAGAGGCAAGCCGUGUCUCACUCCCAUGGGAUUUGCAGACAUUGGUACAGUUGCUUCGCGUACAAAGGACGGUGUCUAUCUCUGGAAAGCACUUUACAGUUUCUGCGGUCCAGAUUCUGACCUCCGUAAACUGUGUUGUCAGCUCAAUUGUCUACUUCGCAGACCGCCGCAAACACUCGGUGAUAUGUUUGCGUUUUACUACCAAUUCCUUCAGAAUUAUAGUGUCGAGGGAAGAAAGCAUAAAAAAGAUGCAUUUGAUGAAGCUGUCAGAAAAUCCAACUUCGGAGACGCCAAAACAGAGCUGGACUUUGUGUCCAUACAAGGCACCAAGUCGCAUUCUGAUAAGCAUUCCCAAGGUGAUCUCUUCAGUCUUACAGACUGUGAUUCUAAGUUAGAAUCCGGCCUGCCCUGCGGGCCAUAUUUAGCUUCAAUAAGUGAAGACAUCAGGUCGGUAUAUUCUAAGGAGCAUGCCGGCAACUAUCUGUCGUGGAUCGUAUAUCUUACCCAAACGUUUUAUGAUCUACUUAAACAACUAUGUGAGCAGUGUUGUAAUAAAUGCAAUAAGCAGGGCAUCAACUGCCGUGGUAAGAAAUGUGGUAAGGACUGCACAGUAAAGUAUACUGAUGGAGCAGACAUCAAGCAACUAGAAACUCAGGAGCACCGUGAUGACUGCCAAUCAAUUCUGAAGUGCCCAGAUACGCACCCAACACUGUAUACAUAUGGCUUCACAUUCGGUAGUCCUCAUGAAUUAUCCGGUGGAAAAGGAGAGGAUAAAAUACGCACAUGUCAAGAUUUAUGCGAGGCGCUGGAAAAUGUAUGCCAUGGAAAAUCACUGAUUGCAGAUUUAGUAAUUAACAAGAUACCUGAAUACUUAUGGAACAUAAGAUCUAAAUUCUCCUACCUCUUGCUCACCCUCUGGUCGCUGUCGCUCCUCUACCUGCUGCACAUCACCGUCGUCCGCCUCGACGUCCUGAGGAUACGCUCCCACUUAAAAUCACCUUCAAGCCACCGCAUCGCCGCACAGUCCCUCCUCGCCGCCGCACGCGCCAAGGCACUCGCCAACGUCAAGUACUUCUCACCAUAA